ACUUUCCCUAUUUCCCCACCCAUAAUAAGUGUAGCUUCCAACACCCAGUGCAUGACUUAAAACUGCACAGGUGGGUCUGUCAGAGGAGACCUGGGUCCCUGGACAGAGAAGGAUCUGGACCUGUAUGGAGUCCAAGCUCAUCGGAGCUCCAGGUGGGGCAGACGCUGAUGGCGUCCUUAAGCCUGCAUCGGUCCCUCCUGGUGGUCUGGAGCCACUUGUUGAGGUAGCAGAGCCUGCAGGUCUGGAGGAUCAACCUGGAAAGCUCCCAGACACAGGAGAUGGACAGGAGCUGUACUCGUUUGACAGCUCGCCGUCCUCUCCAGACAGCGAGGAUGAGGGCAUUGGCAAGAGAGAGAAGAAAAAGAAGCUAAAGAAAAAGAAGAAGAAGAAAGAUUCCAGCUCAUCCUCCUCAUCUUCAUCAUCAUCGUCGUCCUCCUCCUCCUCCUCUUCUUCCUCCUCUUCUUCCAGCAGCUCAUCAGACAGUGACAGUGAGGCUCUCAGGAUUCAGUCAGUUGAAGCCAAAGCCUCCAGAAAAGGAAAUGCAGAUCUGAUGUUUUGA